UUGAUUGUUGGUUCACAUGUCUUAAGUAAAACGCACAUUUCUCGUCCUGUAGUGUGUAAACUAUUUAACUAAACGUAGAGAUAUAAGUGAGGAUGUCGGCGUCGUUGAUCAGGAGAGGACUGGAGCUGCUGAGCGACGAUAUUAAAAAUGUCAGUAAAGGGAAGAAGAAGCAGCAGCAGCAGAAGCAGACGCCCAGCUCGGCCACUGUGAUGGAUCUGGUGAGCACCAAGCGGCAGGGAGUCACCAAGCAGGUCAAACGGCUGCAGGGUCGCCUCGGUCCCGGCAAGAGCAAAGCUACCGUCAAAGACAAGAGGAUCAAGUCUGCCGUGGAGGAGUUCAGGAAGAAGCAGGGGAAGAGCCAGAUGAGUAGUAACCUCAAGUACUUCAUGGAAACCACCUGCAAAGCAACAGAUUCGGACACUUUGAAGAUCCUGAGCCACCAUACAGGCAGACAGUCCAGGAAUCGCUCCGAGAAACUUGCCAAGAAGGCCAAGGAGCCGGAGUCCUUGUUUACGGAGGAAGACUUCCAGCAGUUCCAGAAGGAGUACUUUGGCAGGACUGUGGAGGAGAAGAAGAAGUGAAGGUCACCCCCUAAAAAUAAAAGACGCUGCAGCCUCGGAGAGAACAGCAGGGUUGGCGGCCGUUUGUGGAGCUUGAAGAGUGGAAGUUGAUUUCUGGACCAGACUGACUCAACAAUGAGACAAAAGACUUUGAAGAGAAGUGAUUGUAUGAGCUAAAUGUGUUCCAGUAAUACAUGACCGCAGACACACAAUGAUGCAUUCAGGGAACCACGUUUUUUUUUUUUUUGUGCCUGACUCAUAUAAUGUCCUGUAAUGUUUAGGUAAAUGAUCAGAUGCGGAGGUUGAUUCUAAAGAAUUUAUAACCUCAUUACAAAACAUGAAGUGCACAUUCGACACUUCUCAUCUGUGGAUGACUCAUAACAGAUGUCAGCAAAGUGCGGCGUGUGGUUACUUCAGAUGUAAGUUUCGGACCCUUGUUAUGUAGUGAAACCUUUUCAUAUGUGUCAGAGCAAAUUGAAUAUUUGUAAAGAAAAGAUUUUGACACACGAGUUUGCGUUGAAUUUGUUGAACAUCCCCGUUGUCUUCCUGUCCACAAAGCAGCUUUUGUCCUCAUGGGUCAAAAAUGAGUGGAAACAGUUUUUUAGAUGUAGAGAAAGAGCCAGACACUGCAGAGCUGCGGAUAGUCAUACUCACAAGACCAACAAUAAUAUAGCUGAUUACCUGUUUUAUCUUUAAUAAAUUAUCUAAUGUAUCUC